GAGCAGGGGUGGUCCACGCGUGCGCAUUCUCGGCUACUGCGCGACCGGGUACCAUGGCGGCUGCGGUAGGCUGCCGAGGAGCGCUUCGGCUGCGGCUGCUCUCCUCGCUCCUGAAGCCCAAUAUGCACGUUCCCCGGGCCGUGCCAGCGGCCGCGUUCGGCACCUCAGUAAGCUCUGGCAAAGUGGCUGUGAAUGGCGUUCACCUGCAUUACCAGCGAACCGGAGAGGGCGAGCACCCGGUCCUGCUGCUCCCUGGGAUGCUGGGAAGCGGAGAGACAGAUUUUGCACCCCAACUUAAGAGCCUGAAUAAGAAGCUCUUCACAGUGGUUGCCUGGGACCCUCGAGGAUAUGGACAUUCCAGGCCCCCAGAUCGAGAUUUUCCACUGGACUUUUUUGAAAGAGAUGCAAAAGAUGCGGUGGACUUGAUGAAGGCGCUGCAGUUUAAGAAGGUCUCCCUGCUGGGGUGGAGUGACGGCGGCAUCACCGCCCUCAUCGCUGCCGCCAAGUACCCAUCCUACAUCAGCAAGAUGGUGAUUUGGGGAGCAAACGCCUAUGUCACUGAGGAGGAUGAAAGGAUCUAUCAGGGUAUCCGAGAUGUUUCUAAAUGGAGUGAGAAGGCAAGGAAGCCUCUGGAAGCCCUGUAUGGAUAUGACUACUUUGCCAAAACCUGUGAAAAGUGGGUGGAUGGCAUACGACAGUUUAAACAUCUCCCAGAUGGUAACAUCUGUCGGCACCUGCUGCCCCUGGUUCAGUGCCCCACGCUAAUUGUGCAUGGGGAGAAGGAUCCUCUGGUCCCACGUUUCCAUGCUGACUUCAUACACCAGCACGUGAGAGGGUCGAGGUUGCAUCUGAUGUCAGAAGGCAAACACAACCUGCAUUUACGAUUUGCAGAUGAGUUCAACAAAUUAGCAGAAGACUUCCUGCAAUGAAACGCCCGGAACUUUUGUGUCUCGGUGCAUCCUGGGGUGGGGCUGGAUCAGGUUGCUGGUGGUUACCACAACGCCUGUGAGCCCCUUCCCUACCUCACAGUUCAGUCCACUUGCAUUUCCAGGCUUCCUAAAACCCCCUAUAGUGUGAUCCUAAUCAAACAGGAAUCAUGAUGUAUUGAAGACAGCCUGUAGAUUUCAUAGCUUACAAAAAUUAAUCUGAUUUUUUAACACUGAAUUUCUAUCAUUGUCUAAAAAAAUAAAUGCCCACAAUUUCUUAACAAAUAAAUUUGAGGUGGCACACUUGCA